AUGCACCCCCAACCUUCAACGAUCGGCGUCGCCCUCCUUCUUUCUGCCUCUUCCGUCUUCGCUGGAAUCAUAAGGCCGCCCUCUUCCUCAACGCUCGAUAUCAUGCGCCGUGACGCCCCCGAGGAAAACUCAAUCCACAUCCUUGAUGAUCGGUCCGCGAUUCCAUCUAUAAGCGAUAAGCACCUUCCACAAUUAUAUGCUCGAGAUGACGACGACGACAAUGAUGACAAAGACAACAAUAACGACGAUGACGAUUACGAUGACGACAAUGACGACGACAGCGUGUUGGACAAGAUCAGAGAUAAAGCCAGUGACAUUGGAGACGACAUCAAGGACGGAGCGAGCGAUAUCAAGGAUGAUGUGAAAGAUGAAGUGGACGACGUGUCCGACGAUGGCGUCGGGGCUCUCCGGCCUGGAAUCAUCCUGCCGGGUUAUUUGCUGCUGUUGUGGUGGCUGUCGCGGGAAUAUAAUGUGGAACCUGCUUCAUAA